CGUCACCAUACAGACGGAAAAAAAAAAACAGUGAAGAAGGAAACUAAGUUGGGGUCUGUGAAGCUGAAACAUGGCCCUGGGUGACUGUUGGAAGCAGUUAUCCUGGUUUUACUACCAAUAUCUUCUGGUGACGGCGCUGUACAUGCUGGAGCCCUGGGAGCGGACGGUGUUCAACUCCCUCCUUAUCUCCGUGGCCGGCAUGGCGGUUUACACCGGCUACGUCUUCAUGCCGCAGCACAUCAUGGCCAUCCUGCACUACUUUGAGGUUGUCCAAUGACACGAAGGCCGCGCCCAUCAACCCACGGGUCCUGUCUGUCUCUGGCUUCCUGUCCAUCCGUCCCACCACCUGCCUGCCGGCCUGUCUGUCUUCGGGGCUUGAGGUCGAGAUUGUUUCCAACCAGGCAGGGCUUCUUCUUCCCUCCUCCUUUUCCAAAGCUGGCUCAUAUCAAAGGUCAAAACUCUGAACGUCGUGCUGUGCUGGAGGUCUGUUGGACGAUGUUGCUCUCUGGGACUCUUUCCGCUUCACUCGAAUAUUUGGGAUUGUGAACAUGUUGGAUGUGACGCCUUAGAAGAGGGUGUGCUUGAUUUGUUUUUAUGUCCUAAUUGAAGCGCAUCUGUUUGUUUUGUGUAAAUUAUCUGGAUGUCUGGUUGUGUGGAAUGAUUGGUCGCUUUUAUUUUUAUUCCAUCAAGGCAUUAAACUAUUGUUGUCUUAGAGUUUUAUGCAGGAUCUGAAGGACAAAGUACGUUCACUCCAUGUAUGAGCCAAAUAAGAUUUUUAGAACAGGAUGUGAUCAUUUUCAACCUUCACUGUCUUCUCUCCAGCACUCUGUCACGGGGCGUGUAGACCCUCCUCAACAUCAUAAAUGUCAGGCGGUGGCACCAAAGACAUGAGGACCAUUUCCUGUAAAAACCGAGAUGCUUUCUCUAAAUACUGACACAAGUCUGUGGUGAACACUCCGAGCACAAGAGUGGCUCAAUUAGCUGUUACCAGAGCUUUCUGUGACAUCCACCAGCCUUUAUCAGAGAAUGGAAAGUGCAGGAUAAAUCUGAGGGGUCGUGAGAUGAGUAACGAGAUGUUUAAGGGGAGAAAAACAUAUUUCUGUCAGAAAUCGUGUUUAUUUUUCUUAAGUUUGUGAAAUGCUGGAUGUAAGUAAUCGUCAGGGACUCUGGAAGCUGUAAAGUAGAGUAUAACAAAGUUACUUUAAUUUUAUUUCUUGAAAAAGUACUUAUUAAUCAUCAUCACUGAGUAUUUUCAAAUAAAAUGAAUAAAAUAAUUAUUUGGACAUUGCUUUGUUUUAAGGUUGACAGACCAAAACGGAGAGCAGGAGGAACUUAAUGUUGGACCAAGAGGUGAAACCAAGAGAUAAAAUGGUCGCCUGCUGUACAGAAGCCCUGAGAGGACAAUGAGAAAGAUUCUCAGAGCUUUCGUAGAAAUGGCAACUUCCCUUAUUUAACAUCCUCACUGUAGAGGGAUACGACAUAAUAAAUUGACCCCAGCAAAAAUUGUUUUCAUAUAUUUAUAUUUUUCUUCCUGUCAAACUCAGAAUGCUGCUUGUUUAGAUCGUUGUCUGUCUCCAUGUUGGAGCUAAAAGUGACACUUGGAGUGCAGUAUUAAUAAGGUUUUUACGCUCCAGAUGCUCCUCUGUGUUGAAAUUCAAACUACAGAGAGAAUAAAGGCUGAGAAAUCUACACAGGCAUCAGUGUGAAGGAUAAUGACGGUAAUGAGGUUGAAAAUGACACAGUUGUUCGUUUUUUUAAAUUCCCAUUUUGCUUUUUUAAAACGCACAGUAGUCAACAUUAAUGGUUUCCUCUUUGCACAGAAAUGAUAAAUGUUUUUACGUAAUCAUAUUUCAUGACGUGUGCUCCAGAUGCUACUGGUAUCCCUUUUAGAAGGUUGUGAUUAUUUUUCUUGCAAAACUGUAUUUUUCUCAACUUUGUGUAUAUAAUCUUGUAUACAUAUUUGUAAAGUUUUGUAGUCAGAUAUGUUGGCCUAUAGAAUAAGAUAUUUGUUUUUUUGUGAGCUACUGAUGUUAAAUACUGCUCUAAAACUGAAAUCAUUAAAGGGAUAUUUCACUAAGCUCAAGCAGA